UAAACGUUAAAUUGAUCAAAAGUCUUAGUACAGAUAAGAAAAAAGUAGAAGCGUUAAAAUGUUCUGUCUGUGUGGAAUUCUCCUCAACAAUUUUUUCAAUAGCUGGUUUUUCGCAAGCAUGGAUAGAUGGGACAACAUCUGUCAAAUUAGAUAGCUUGAAAAAACAUGUCCAAGGUAAAGCACAUCAACAUGCAAAACGUCUUUUUGAUCAGAAGUCCUUGGGCGAAACUUUUGGCGCACAAGUUGUUGAACGAUCUCCAAUUGGAAGAGGUUUGAUGAAAAUGGCAGAGAUUGACAUUAAAGUAACGAUUACUCGUUUCAACACUGCCUACUAUUUAGACACUUUAGAAAGAUCCUAUAGCGAUAGUGAGGGCAUCAUUACGUUAAACGAAAUGAACGGAAUGAUUCGCAGUUCCAAAUUCCGAAACGAGCGUGCUAUGGCAAACAUCACUGAUUCAAUUGAUGACAAACUCAAGCAGAAGCUGAUGUCUGAAUUGAAGAAAACACGCUAUUUUUCUUUGUUGACCGACGGCAGCACUGACAAAGGCGUUUCUGAACAGGAAGUUUUGUAUCUCCUUUUUAUAAGCAGUGAAGGUAUCCCUCAAAUAAGGUUUUUAGCAAUUGAAUCACCUACAUCAACAAGUGCAGAUGGCCUUAAGAAGAUGAUACAGGAUUGCUUUUCCCGGUUUCACAUGAACAAUUUCCCAAGACAACUGGCAGCGCUAAACGUGGAUGGAGCUUCGGUAAAUUUGGGUAGCAUAAACGGACUUGCAGCCAAACUUCGCAAAGACUCACCAUGGCUGCUUACUAUUCAUUGCUUCAACCAUCGCCUUGAACUGGCUGUUAAAGACGCAUUUAAAGGAACAGAAUUUGACGAAGUGGAUGAGCUCCUGACUAAAUUGUAUUACUUGUACCAAAAGUCGGCAAAGCGCUAUCGCGAAUUGAAGGGAUUCAGCGAGAUUUUCGAAAAGAGCAUAGCAAAGCCAGCCAAAGCCUUUGGAACGAGAUGGAUCACCCACAAGUUGAAAGCCAUGGAGACCUUUGUUGCCAAUUAUGGCGCAUACAUGCUACACAUUGAGUCAUUGUCCCAAACAGAUUCGGUGCCAGCAAAAAGAGAAGAAUUGAAGGGUUUUUUGUCAAAAUGGACGUAUGCAAAGUAUCCUAUGCUGAUGACAGUAUACAUUGACAUUUUGACGCCUUUGAAGGUUCUUAGCCUGGGAUUCCAAAAGGAAGUUCACGACCCUGUUAAAGCGGUGAAGCGCAUUAAUGAAUUUGAGUGGACUAUGGUCAAACUAAAAGAAUUGAUCAAUAAAUGCGUUCAGGACGACUCCGAAAAACUUUUCCACGGUUUUUGAAGGAGUGCGAAGCCACAACGUCCGACGACGGUAAGUAAUUGAUGAAUGAGUCCCUGACUUUACGUACGCUUGAAAUGUUUUUUUACACAGUAGAACCUCACCAACUUUUGACAAAACGUCAAAAAUUUAACAGGAUUCAAGUGGAAGAACUUGAAGACGAUGAAGAUGAAGCAGAUGUUUCUUACCAAAAAAUAAAGCUAAAAGGGUUUAAUGCGUCCCGGAGGAAAGUAACGAAAACUU